AUGGCUGACGCGAAAGCAUCCGACAAUAAAAGUACCAUCAAUAAAUUAUUCUUGUCAUUCAGAGAUUCUAUCGAUUUUCAUCAUGAUAGGAGAGAGCGUGUAAUCAAAUCUUCAAGAGAUAUCACGGCACUGAGUAAAAAAUUAAUAUAUAUCGCCCACAGGGUCACACAGAGACCUCUAGAAUCGAUACUCGAUGAAGUACGAACGAAGAAAUCAGAGAUACUUGAAUUGUUUAAAAAGGUGUCUGUUGAAUUGGAGGGUGCAAAUUUUUAUAGGAGGGCGCAAUCUGCACAUUCAUUUGUCCAAGAAUUCUUGAAUCGUUGUGCAAAACAGCAACAAUACCACAUCGAAAAAUAUGAAUUUCCUUUAACUAUGAUCGUCUCAUACAAAUAUAAUAAAAGUGUUUCUCCGUCGAUCCAAGAGUACAUCGAAGCCAUCGCCUUUGUUGAAUAUCUGGAGAACGGUGUACUGAUCACCAAAGAGAAAAUUGAAAACGAUUUUAGGGAUGAAAAUGGAAAUCAGUUCUUGUUGAUCACUUACGAUGAUUACUUAUUGGGGAUUGCCGAUCUAACUGGGGAAUUAAUGAGAUAUGCGAUCAAUUGUAUCGGCAUGGGUGAUCACAAUCAAGCCCGGAAAGUUUGCCAAUUUUUGCGCAACAUCAAAUCAGGUUAUGAUAUCUUGAGAGUCACAAAUCAUUUUUUACGAAAUAAGGUCGAGAUCAUGAAAGGAAGUUUGGCUAAAGUUGAAAAUGAGUACUCACAAGAUUUUUAUCAACACAUUAUAAGUGAACACGCGCAAAACUUUGAAGUUUCCAUGGAAGUUGAUGAAUAG